AGAUUCUGAAAUUAUAAUAAAAAAAGAAUCCAAAAUUCUUCAUUAAAUUCCCGUUUUUUUAACGCGUAACAAACGAAUUCAACAAUUGAUGUUGUUGUUGUUGUUGCGUAGUUUUGCUCUUGGACGAAGAGUGCGAUUUGGAAAGCGAUUCGAAGAUGUUUUUUGAUGGUAGAGAGUAUCGACCCCUGCCCCAUCCUCAUGGGGAGGGAUUGGAUGUGGAUGUGCGAAGAUUCGUCAGUCCACAAAAUUUGGAUUAUGUUAAGUUUCGAGGCAGAAAGUUGAAGAAAGGCCUCUCGAAGCAGUACGAACCCUCGCCCGGUGCUUUCGAAGGUUUGGACGUUUUUGAAAAUAACAUCAAGCCUGCUUAUAGAAAAGCUGUGAUGAAGGUUCGACCAAUCUGUCAAACGGCCUGCCAACGUUUUAACAGUUUGAGAUUGGUCGAAGAUGUGGAAGAUGAAGGAGUGAACAAUAGAGAGAGCGUGAUUCCUCCACGAAGCACCAAAGAGAACGAAGACCCGACAAAGCACGAAGAUUGCGUGCAAGAUAAUCCUGGCCAUUACAGGGAUAGAAAUACAUUGAAGAAAGUCGGGUCGUUCUUUAAGAGCAUGUGGAAACCCGUUAAGAGAUCCGUGCAGAAGGUGUGUAAAAUGGCCAGAAGUGGAGAAUGCGAGUACGUUCGGUUCGAGUAAGGAUCUCUUUGCUUCCAUCUGUCAAAUUCGACAAUAAGAUCUGCUCUGUGAUUUGCUGGAUCUGGGCCGAGUUGGCUAAUUGUAAGUGUGUAUGGCAACUUUAUUGUAUUCUACACCAAACACUUGGGAGAUUUUACGGUCUGGGUUUAUAAAUUGACACAAUAUCUAACCGCGAUUUCAUAAUAACCCGCAAUUAAUGGCCGGACAACAGAAAAAAUGGAAAUAUUUAUGUACGGUAUUAGCGUGGAAAUGUAUUAUAUUUUGAUGCGAUCGAUUUCGAUGCGAUUACAGAAAAGCCACGUUUUUAGGGUAUCGGGCAUACAUAGCCUGUAUAUUCCUGUCCAAGUACUCACAAUAAUACAUCCUGGGUAUAAGUUGCUGGUCUCUUGACACAGCGAAAGCAAUGGUAUAAAUGAACGUAGAAAUUAAAUUAUCCAGUAAUCUUACGUGAUUACGCGGACGGGAACAUGUUAAAAUAAUGGAAUUGACAAUGACAUAUUUGAUACAUACAUGACACGUGGCAGUAUGCAAUUAAUUGCGGUAAGCAAUAUCAUUUGGCACGUAACUUUAUUUCCAUUUUAGAAGGAAAUAAUAUUCUUAAUUUUGUUUUCAUUUAAAAAUAUUCAAAAAAUAACAAAAAGAAAUGAUAAAGUUUAAAAAUUAAUAAAUAAAAUCUAAAA